UUUCGCACUUUGUGCCUCGUUGCAUGGCUACUCGAUGGGCCACCUUGGUUACCACCGCUUGUUAACCAAACAAGUUGUCCAAGCAACGACCAUUUUAUUUGCCUUCCACAGCGGACUCGUUCAUUGUGGUUCAGAUUCUCAUCUAGGAGAUAGUUCUUCGAAUCGAGUUUUCACACCUCAUUACCUCGCGUGUCUUACGAAAGAUGCCCUGCUUUUCCGCCUCCAAUGUGCGGUUCGUCAGUGCCGAGUCUCAGUUGCAGCAAAAGUGCAAUGAGCUAAGGGCUAGGGCACGUGCCCAAACGGCGGCCUAUCGCCCACCUCCUGGGGGCUUUCGUCCCUCCACCACAUCCUUCGGGUCCUUCAGGAGGGCACCCUGCGACCAGUCGGCGGCCUAUGACCAGAAGCAGCUCAAACGCAAUGAACGGGAGCGAAAGCGCAAUCAGGGCACCAAACAGGUGGUGCUCCGUGCUGGUGAGCUCCGGCGCCUCAAGGAUCUGGGAAAGCUUGAGACUGUGAGCGAAAAACUGCAGAGGAUUGAGCAGCAGGAGGAGGACCACAGCAAACAGCUACAAAUGGUUGAGGAGACGCGCCUACGUUUCAAAGCCAUCGACGAGGCCAGAGGUGCGGGAGCUUCCGAUGGCAGGACCAGCCUUCUCAGUGAGAUCCUGCAGGAGAAGGAAUCAGUGCUCAGUCGCGCCUUUCUGGCCCGCCAGGAGCAGGAACAGGAGGUGAAGCAGAUCAACCGGAUGAUCCUGGACGCCAAGUGUAAGGCAGUGAGGGAGGCGCAGAUCCAGGAAAAGCACCUCCUCUCCAAGGCUCUGCGCGAGGACGACGAGCGACUGGCUCGCAUGGUCAAUGAGCGCGCUAAAAAGGCACUGACAGAAGAGGAUGAGCGGGAGCGACUAGAGGUGGAGAAACGUAACCGCUACGCCCAGGAAAUCCGGCAGCAGCUCUCAGAGCGUGAAAAUGUUCGUUACUUGGAGGCCAAGCGGGUGGCCGACGAGGCCAAGGACAUCCGUCGCGCCACCGAACUACUACGUGGCCAGGAGGAGCAACAGCGGGCUUUUGCCCAAAUGCGUAAACAGCGAUUCCGGGAGGAGCUGCAACGCAUCCGGGACAUGUCGAACGUCUUCAAAACGAUGCUCAGUGAACAGGAGCGAUUAGCCGACCUGCGGGUAACCGCUUACAUGAGGGAGAAGCAGGAGAAGGAGCGCCAACUGAAGGAAAUGCAGCGUCUGGCCAAAAAGGAGUUUGAGCGCCGCCAGCAGCGCAUCUUCACGGUGGCUGCAGAGGCCAUGGAGACGCGCCAGACCAACGAUGAACUGAAGUAUCUGAAGGAGCGGGAUCGCGUGGAGCGUGAGUACCGCCAAAAGGAAAAGGAGGCGGCAAUCUCGCGAAGAGAGGCAGAGCGGGAUCUGCUGGAGUCGCGAGCCCAGCAGGCCCAGGAGAUGAAGCAGCGCCUGGCCCUAGAGAUUGCCCACGCCGGGGAAGAGUUCGCCAAGGUCAUGGAGCGGAUGCGCAAAGAGGAGGAGCAACAGAAGGCGAUGGAUCGUCAGCGAGACGCCCAACGGCAAGUGUACCGACAGGAUCUGCGCCAGCAGAUGACCGACAAGCAGGCGGAGCGCCGCCGUCUAGCUGAGUUGGAGGCCGGACGUGUGCAGAAGUGGCUUGACCAGGAGAAGCAGCGGGACGCCAACAUCCAGCAGGUAAUCAACGCCAAGAUCGCUGCAAUGAGAGAGAAUUGUCUGCCAGAGAAGUAUCUGCGGGAGGUGGAGAAGCAACUGAAGAGCAUUCAAGGCACCCGUAAUCGGAUCCGCUGAGAAGGAUAAGAAGGUUGCCUAAUAUCGGGAGGUCUGGAAAAGCCAGAAGUUGGGGCCAACCAGCGCCUGAAAGUAUGUGGCAUACGCCAUUCACUUUUACCGUAAGGUUUCAGAAUAAAUUUCACUUCGA